CAACAACAAUAAUUAUUACAUCUCGGUGUCGCUAGGAAAAAAGAAAAUCAAAAAUGAACAAGCUCGUCUCUCUCGCUCUUGUGGCCCAGUGCGCAUGCGUGGGUCUUGUUCUGUGUUAUGGAAGUUACGGAAGUGGAACGCACACAGCCGUCAGUAACACCGGAAGUCAGUACAUGUACGCCGGGUAUCCCAUGAUAACGGGGUACGGGGGCGGCCUAGGAGCCGGAUAUGGAUAUUCAGGAUUCUCCGGCUUUGGAAUGGGCGGCGGAGUCGGAGGAUCAAGUGGCUAUGAAGGAAUAUUCGGCAGUAUCAUUUACCUGUUCAUUUUCGUGUUCCUGCUCAAAUUCCUGUUCCCCUCCGCAACUGACGGGAAAAGUGGCGGCCUCCUGAGUCUUGGAAACUAAUCAAACCCCUACAGGUUACCCCGCCCGCCUGUGCCAAAUAACAGCAAACUUGCAUAAUGUAUUUCUGUAUUGACCAUGAACGUGAUGCAGUAUUAAUUGUAAAUGUGAUAGA